AUGAGUGCAGGUGAGCCGCCGGAGAGGCACCCCAAUGUCGUGUACACGGCCCUCGCCCGGGGCAGGGCAAGGCACCACCUGCGCAGGGUCUCCCACUUCCGCCCUCAGAAACGUAACAAAAUCGCUACCAAGCGGAGCGGGCAUUGGCUCGCUGCCUGCUGCAGGCAACGGCGUGGGCGCUGCCAUCGGCGAAGAAGCCAUGGCGGACGAAAGCGCUGCAGCAAGACGGGCACUGUGAGUAAGCCCGUGGCGUUGAUGAACAGGAAGAGGCCCCAACACUGCUCCCAGCGGAACUCUUCGCGUGAACGUUGUGGGGGAGGAGGUGGUUCGGUCGAUGCAAACCCCGGCAUGCCUGUUACAUGGGGAAUGCCACUGGCCAGUUUACAGUGCGGCCAGCAAUCGACUGCCGCCGCAUAUGUAGGAGGAUCUUGUCGCGGUGCACUGCAGCAGCGGAUUUUCCCGCGACGGGGCACGCAUGUGCUGCUCCUUCUGGGUCUGUGGGGUGCACCGAUUGGCAAACUGCAUUUUGUAGCAAACUCGAGGUGA